UGAGGAAGCCGCGGUGCAGUAGUGAGCUUCAGAACCGGCCUUCCCUCCUUCUACCCGCGCUGCUGAGAGAAAUGAACUGGCGACUUCACUGUAGUGUCCGACCUAUCAUACAGCAUUACCGGAGAAAUAAGCAAGUUAAAUGUAACUAUAAAGGCGUGUAGAUCUUUUCAGUUUCUUUUAGCCCCACCAUCUGCUGCGCCUGCUGCUGCACAUUGUAGACCUGUGGCAGCUCCUCGGCGCGUCGCCAGCAGGGCUGCCGGAGCGGAGAUGGAGAUGCCAGGAAGGAGGCCCAGCGAGCGGAGCCGGAGCCGGGACUGGGACUGGGAUAGCCCAGAAUGCCGAGCCCAGUUAGACAAGGUCUUUUUCCGGGAGCAGGAUUAUAUCCAGGCGGGCAGCUCGGAGCACAGGGAGUUCUGGAUGUUUUUUGAGCGCUUCCAGAGGUUCCAGGAGAAGCAGGAGGUAGCAAGCGGCUCUGAAAGAAGUGAGGAGAAUCGGGAUGACAAAAGCAGGAAGAGGGGUGGAGGGGGGCGUGCGGUUCUGGGCCUGCCCAAGGAAUACAGUCCCCGUUACCGGAUCAACAUCUCAGUGUGCACCAAGGAUGUAGAGGAGAGGCUCAGCGGGACAGGGAAGACGAAGCGGGAUAAGGGAAGCAGGGCAGAACCAGGGAGCCGAGAGGUGAUGUGUUGCCGUUCGGCUCUGCUCCACUUCCUGGACUUCACGCAGAAGCAGAGCUUUGGGAAGUUAGCCAAGCUGUGCCAGGACCAGAGGAGCCUGCCCAUUUUCCUGUACCGGGAGAGGAUUGUGGAGCUAGUGCGGUCCCAUCCUGUGGUCAUAGUGGCGGGUGACACAGGAUGCGGCAAAUCCACGCAGGUACCUCAGUACCUGCUGUCCGCUGGCUUCAGCCACAUCGCCUGCACUCAGCCACGCCGCAUCGCCUGCAUCUCUCUGGCCAAGCGGGUCAGCUUCGAGAGCCUUAACCAGUAUGGCUCCAAGGUAGGCUACCAGAUCCGUUUUGAGUCAACACGUACCCCUGCCACAAAGCUGGUCUUCCUAACGGAGGGCCUGCUGCUACGGCAGAUCCAGCAGGACGGUGUGCUGGACCGGUACCAGGUCCUGAUAGUGGAUGAGGUGCACGAGAGACACUUGCACUGUGACUUCCUUCUGGGCGUCCUCCGCUCUCUGCUGCUCCAGCGCUCCGACCUCAAGCUCAUCCUCAUGUCAGCCACUAUCAACCUCAAGCUCUUCUCCGGAUACUUCAGUGACGCCCCCGUGCUGCAGGUCCCUGGGCGCCUCUUCCCUAUUCAGGUGGUGUACCAGCCCAUCCCCGCAGAGGAGCAGCCAUCCCGGUCGGAGAAACUGGAUCCCAGGCCCUAUCUGCGUGUUCUGCAGGGAAUUGACCAGCGCUAUCCCCCUGAGGAGAGGGGUGACCUUCUGCUCUUCCUGAGUGGUGUGGCAGAGAUCAACACCAUCCUGGAGGCAGUGCAGACCUACGCUUUGCACACCCAUCGCUGGAUUGUCCUGCCUCUGCAUAGUACCCUGUCCCUGGCACAGCAGGACAAGGUGUUUGACAUAGCGCCCCCAGGAGUUCGGAAGUGCAUUAUUUCCACCAACAUCGCUGAGACAUCAGUCACCAUAGAUGGUGUGCGCUUUGUAGUGGACUCGGGGAAAGUGAAGGAGAUGAACUUUGACCCCAAGGCCAAGAUGCAGCGGCUGCAGGAGUUCUGGAUCAGCAGAGCUAGCGCUGAGCAGCGCAAGGGUCGAGCCGGGCGCACUGGGCCUGGCGUCUGCUAUCGCCUGUUUGCCGAAUCGGAUUAUGAUGCUUUUGCACCGUACCCCAUUCCUGAAAUCCACAGAGUGGCCUUGGAUUCCCUUGUGCUCCAGAUGAAGAGUAUGGACCUGGAAGAUCCCCUGUCCUUCCCUUUCAUUGACCCCCCACCUGCUUCCAGCAUCCAGACUGCCUUGCACUAUUUAAAGGAUCAGGGGGCACUGGACAGCCAGGGGCAGCUCACCACCAUUGGCAGUUUGCUGGCACAGUUGCCUGUUGAUGUAGUCAUUGGUAAGAUACUAGUGCUGGGAUGCCUGUUCAGCAUAACAGAGCCUGUGCUGACGGUGGCAGCAGCCCUCAGCGUGCAGUCCCCCUUCCUGCGUAGUGCCCACCACAACCCUGACUGUGCCACCGCGCGGCAGCCUCUCCACAGCAGCCAGGGAGAUCCUUUCACCCUGCUCAACACCUUCAAUGCCUGGGUGCAGGUGAAGGCAGAGAGGGGUGGGGAAUCGCGUAAGUGGUGCCGGAGACGGGGUCUGGAGGAACAGCGGCUCUAUGAGAUGGCGAACCUGCGGCGGCAGUUCAAGGAGCUGCUGCAAAGUCACGGCCUGUUGGUGGUGGAGGAGAGCGCCCCCGCCUGGCAGGACCGGGGGCAGCGCCGGCAGAGGCUGGGCGAGCGCAGGCGCCUGCACCAGCUGAAGAGGGAGCAUGAGACGCGGGAGAGCGGGCGCCGCAAGGUCCUGAGGCUACAAGAGGGCGAGGAGGAGGACAGCCCAGGGUCCUCGGACCAGGAGGAGUGCACAGGGGCAGCUGGGAGAGGGAGGACGGGCAAGGACACCGCGGUCAAGGGCGUCGACAUUCAGGAUGUGAAAUUCCAGCUGCGCCACAGUCUGGAGAAGCUGCAGGAGGCGGCCAGUGCCAGUCAGGACCUGUCCCGACGCCAGCAGGCCCUGCUAAAGCUGGCGCUUUGCCGGGGGCUGUACCCACAGCUGUCCCUGCCUGACGAGCACAACGCCACCCGCAAGGACUCUGAGCAGAUCUUCCACACACGCACCAAACAGAGUGUGGUGAUCCACCCCACCAGCGUCUUUGCCAGUGACCCAGAGGUACUGCAUGUCCCAGAGCAGGACUCCACUGAGACAGGAUCCGAUAAAAGAAAGAGCAGUAAGCACCAGCUCCUGGCCUUUGUCACCCUGCUGGAGACUAACAAGCCUUAUAUAGCCAACUGUGUGCGUGUCCCCGCCCUACAGGCUUUGCUGCUGGUGGCGAACUCAGUGGACACAAAUGCAGACUGCACGCGUGUGGUGGUGGACAGCUGGCUGGAGCUGUGCUUGGAUGAUGGGGGCGCCGCUUUGCGUACUCUCUCCAUGGCUCUGCAGCUACGGCAGGACUGGGAACGCCUCCUACAGGCCCACCUUGGCCACAGUACUGGGAAGGUGGGGGCUUCCGGAGUCCUACGGAAAGAUCUUGAAAGACUGAGCGAUGGCCUGGUCAGGUUCCUGCUCUACACUGAGGUCAGCUAUAGCCUGCGGCGUCUCACAACACUGGAGUCACAGAACCUGUAUAUCGGCCCCCAGACCCAGGAUUGGCUCAAUAAGUCCCUAGAACAAAGCUCACUGUUCCCAAGCACAGAUGUUCGGCCUGACCCCAACAAAGGAGGCCUGUGGGUCACAAGCUUCUUCACAUACAACUGCCUCUGUGAUUCAAAGGACCUGUACAGCGAGUGUCUGCGCACAUUCUGGAGCUGCCCUCACUGUGACCUGUACAUGCCUCUCACACCACUGGAGCGAAUGCACCAUGAGGCCACCUGCAAGCCAGCUGGGGCUGGGGAAGUGAAGCCUGAGGAAGGCAAGCCAGAAGCUAUCGAAAGUAAAGCAGACAGUUCCUCUGCCUCCUCCAGCCUGUCCAGGCUCUAUCACUGUGACGUCUGCAACAAGGACCUCUUGCUCACCUCCACAGAGAUAUUGAAGCACAGGAGACAGCACUAAGCCCAUCAGAAACAGCUUGCUGCUGACACUAGCACAUAAACACAGAAAUCGCAGGCUGGUGUUCCUUCAAGGAGAAAUUAAACCUCUGUGGGUUUUCUAAUGUCUAAUGACAGGAAAUGACAAAGGCCUAAGCCUGAAGAACUACCAAGUGGUUGUUACACUUCACAAUGGUAGGGUACUUUAUCACCUCUUUGGAACUUUAGUCACAGAUGAGAUUAAACAUUUUCUGGGGAGUUAAUGUUUGUUGUAGAUUAAAUAUGUACAUUUGUGUAUGUAUAAGUUAUGUUAAAUAUGUUAUGUUUUAAUAUGUUUCAAUGUUAUGUGAUUAGGAUAGGAAAGAUCCUAUUUUGGGGGAAAGUUGACAGUUGACCUACUAUUUGCAUAACUUUUUUAUCCAGUUGCAGUUAUUCCCUAAGAAUGCAUGAACAGCUUUGUCGGUACCUUAAAUACGUUACCAAUCCAAAUUUUCAAAGCAUAUAAAAUGUAAAUGGCUGAUAUGUCUGCACUUCUAGAAUUUAUGGAUUGCUUUGAAUAUUAUAAAGCAGAAUUGUUUUGUGUAAAUAAACUAAUGUUUGAAUUGUAAAAUAAACACAAUGAAUCAUGGAA